AUGUGCUCGCAGAGCGACCAUUCAGGUAGUGUCAAUGGACUUUGUGAUCCCUCUGCCAAGAUCUCGUCGAGGGUACAGUGCCCUGUUGUUAUGGCAGUGCUCGUUUACUGGUAUGCAUCUAUAGACGAUUUGGUGUUUGGUGCUCCGUCUCUUAUUCGUCACGACCGAGACCCACGCUUUAUGAGCGAGGUCUUCCAGGCCUUCGCCGAGCUAAUACAAGCACGGUCAAGGUCGACACGGAGCUAUCGCUCACAAGCAAAUGGACAGCAACAGCAAGAGCGGUCGGCCAGGACCGUGAUGCAGUCUGUCAAGGGCUAUGUGGAAGAGCCGUUGCAGCAAGACUGGGAUGAGAUCGCUUAG